UUAUUUUACUUAUAAUAAUUUUUUAAUUUUGUUGCUACGUUCAAUGUUAUAACUUUAAAUUUCAAGUUAUCAAUUAUCAUACCUAGUUUGUCGAAGGCCGAAGCUUCAAGUGAGUUAUUGUAGUCGCCAGUCAGGUAGAAUUAAUGAUUAUAAAGUGUUUUCGAAGUAAAUUUUCUUUAAAGCACGUUGUAAAAAUAAUUAUAACAAAAAUGUCUUGACGCCAGCGGUGUUGGUAAUGAGAGGACCAAGGUAGGAUGCUCUCAUUGAAAACAUAAUGGUUAAUGACCUUUAAUGUUUAUAAUUUGGAUGAAAUAUUAUUGUGUACCAAGAUGAACACAGAUACGCCACCUUACAGUCAAUCUUUGCCUAUAAUGCAGCAACCAUACCAACCCAUAUAUAGUUAUCAACAAAAUCACCCUUCAUACACUUAUCCCCAAAAUUAUUACAACGACGGAAAUUCUUUUCAGCAUCCUACCAAUAACACAAAUAUCUAUUAUAAUAACAGUUCAUUGAAUAGUCCUUAUAUAAGUCAGUCUCCUAGUGCCGCAAAUGAAUUGUAUACUAAUGGAUAUGUUAAUCCAUCCAACGUGCCUUAUUCCAACGGAUGUAUACUUCCGUCUACAGCUCCAAUGAAUAGUUGUUUUAACGUUAAUGGUUUUGCACAUUCUCCAACUGAUGUUUUUUUUGAAAAUUUUACUUCACCAACAUCCCAACAAUUUAUUGUUAAUAGUACAAGUGCAUCUUUUAACAAGAAUUACAUUCAGCAUCCUCAAGAUCCUGGAUGUUGUAAUAACAAAUAUACAUCAGUUCCUCAACCACCACAUACAAAUAGUUAUGGUAAGGAUGAAAAACCUAAAGAAGUUGAUGAUUGGUUUGAUUUGACUAAUAAAUUUUUGAGUACAAAAACUGAUAUUUCUAGUGGAAAAUGUUCAUCUGUAGUAAAUCGCAAUCAAUAUGAUUUGAAGUAUGGCAGUCGUACUCAAUCUUCCAAGGGCCAUUUACUGAAUAAAUCUAAACGCAGAGGUAUGAAAACUGCUGAAGAACUAUCUGCGGAAUUAGAAAUAUUGUCAAAAAUGUCUGUUGAUCAAAUUAUCAAUGCUGAAAAAAAAGUUUGGACUCGAUCAGCACCAGCAGAUUUAUAUUAUGAAAAGCCCGAAGAGAACCCUAAAAUUACCGUUGGAAAAGAAAAUGUAAUUAAAUUAUGUGAUGAAUUUGACAGAGUUUUAGGAAAACGUGCAACAGCUAUAAAUGCUUUAAAGCCAUUAUACAAUAAACCACGGAAAAACAACGUCAAAGUUCAUAAACAUAAAUGCUCAGGAAAUAAUUGUUCAGAUGAUGAUAGCAGUUCAUGUGACGAUGGUAAUGAAGAAGACGAUGAUGAUUCUACUAUAAAAGAAUUAGAUAGAAAAAGUGCUCAUCCUGAUAGACUACACUCUGAACUAUGGUAUAAUGAAGUAGGAGAAAUGAAUGAUGGUCCGAUGUGUAAGUGCAGUGUUAAGUCACAAAGGACAGGUAUACGCCAUAAUAUUUAUGUAGGCGAAGGACCUUUUGAACCAUGUUCUCCAAUUUCAAACAAUUCUGACAAGCUGUAUCACUACAGAAUUACUAUUACUCCUCCAACAAACUUUUUAUUGAAGUGCCCAACAAUAAUAACACACGAUAAUCAGGAUUUCAUUUUUGAAGGAUUCUCACUGUUGUCACAUUAUCCCAUUCCACCCUUACCCACUUGCAAAGUCAUUCGUUUUAAUACAAACUAUGCUAUAUUGUAUGUCGAAGAAAAAAUUCCUGAUAAUUUUAUCGUUAAAGAAUUACAAUUAUUUUAUGAUUAUUUAUUUAGAGACAUUUUAGAAUUGGUGGAUUUAGAUUUGCACGCUAUUGGUAACAAAGAUGGGUGUCCUCAAUUUCACUUUAUGCCUCGUUUUGUAAGAGAUCUCCCUGGACACGGUAAAGAAAUACUUUCAAUGAACGAAGUUUUAAAAUAUCUUCUGAACAAUAACAAGUUACUUUUUGAAGAAUAUUCUCUUUCGGCAUUGAAAAACAUGUCAAUGCAUGAGUGGCAAAACAUUGUAGACGAGUAUAAAGGCAUGGUAGUGACAAACCCUGGAUCAAAACCCUGUUCAAUACGUGUAGACCAACUAGAUAGAGAUGCAGUCAAUGAAACAAAUGAAAAAAUGAAAAAUGACGGAUACCCUGUAAUUGUGCAUUUUGGUAUCCGUCCACCUCAAUUGAGUUAUGCCGGUAACCCGGAUUACCAAAAAGGUUGGCGUGACUAUGUGAAAUUUAGACAUCUUCUGGCCAAUAUGCCUAAACCUUCAUUCGAAGAUAAGAGGAAAUUGGAAAUUAAAGAAAGAGCAUUACAAGAAAUGAGAUCACAUAAUAAAAUGAAACGUGGUGUUACUGCCGCUGUGUCUAGUAAAGGAUUUUAUAAAACGGGUCUUAUGUGUGAUAUUGUUCAACACGCAAUGCUUUUGCCAGUACUUGUAUGCCAUUUUAGAUUUCACAAGUCAUUAGAAUACCUUGAAAAUACUUUAGAGUAUAAGUUUAAAAACAAAUACUUGCUACAACUAGCCCUUACACAUCCAUCAUAUCGAGAAAACUUUGGUACUAAUCCUGAUCAUGCUAGAAAUGCAUUAACAAAUUGUGGUAUAAGACAACCAGAGUAUGGAGAUAGACGAAUUCAUUAUAUGAACACAAGAAAACGAGGCAUAAAUACACUGAUUAAUAUAAUGUCACGUUUUGGUAAAAAAUCAGAAAUGGAAUCAAAUAUUAUGCAUAAUGAACGAUUAGAGUUUUUAGGAGAUGCCGUGGUUGAAUUUGUAUCUUCCAUUCAUUUAUUUAACAUGUUCCCAGAUAUUGAAGAAGGAGGAUUAGCCACUUUUCGGGCUGCAAUUGUGCAAAAUCAACAUCUUGCUGUUUUAGCAAAAACCUUGAAACUUGAUGACUUCAUGUUGUAUGCUCAUGGCUCAGACUUAUGCCACGAUUCAGAACUCAAACAUGCGAUGGCUAAUUGUUUUGAAGCUUUGAUGGGAGCUUUAUUUUUAGAUGGUGGAAUUGAAGUAGCCGAUCGUGUUUUUGGCAAAACCUUUUUUAGGGAGUCACCAGAACUACUUAACAUAUGGGUCAAUUAUCCCAAACAUCCACUACAACAACAAGAGCCAAAUGGAGAUAGGAAAUGGAUCAAGACAUUACCCUUACUUCAAAAACUAACCAAGUUUGAAGAUGCUAUUGGUAUACAAUUUAACCACAUAAGACUAUUAGCUAGAGCAUUUACUGAUAGAAGUGUCGGUUUCACUAAUUUAACAUUGGGUUCAAAUCAACGUUUAGAAUUUUUAGGCGAUACAGUAUUACAACUGAUAGCAUCAGAUUAUUUGUAUAAGUAUUUUCCUGAACAUCAUGAAGGUCAUCUAUCGCUUCUCCGUAGUUCUUUAGUAAACAAUAGAACACAAUCUGUGGUUUGUGAUGAUUUGGGCAUGGUUAAUUACGCACUUUAUGCAAAUCCAAAAGCAGAACUGAAAACUAAAGACAGAGCUGAUUUAUUAGAAGCUUUUCUUGGAGCUUUAUAUAUUGAUAAAGGACUAAAACACUGUCAGGCAUUUUGUAAUGUAUGUUUUUUCCCUCGUCUUCAUGAUUUCAUUCUGAAACAAGACUGGAAUGAUCCAAAAUCUAAAUUGCAGCAAUGCUGUUUAACUCUAAGAUCAGUGGAUGGUGGGGAACCCGACAUUCCCGUUUACAAAGUUAUUGAAUGCAUGGGACCUACUAAUGGACGCAAAUACACAGUUGCUGUAUACUUUAAAGGUGUACGAUUAUCGCAGGCAACUGGCCACAGUAUACAAAGAGCAGAAAUGAACGCUGCAAAUAGUGCUCUGGAGGUAUCUAAAGAUUUGUUUCCACAGUUAGAUCACCAAAGGAGAGCAAUAUCGAGGAGCUUAAAGCACCAGUGCAAAUCUUCUGAUGGACAAACAAACAUUGAUGACAUUAUAAAAAUAUUGGAAUCAAAAUCUUUAAAGAAUGAAGCAAAAAUGACAAAAUUGGAUUGGACGAAAAUAAAAUUGCAAAGGAAACUCUUAGCCGUUUUAUGUUCUAAUAAGACAACAGGUGAGAAUGAAAAAACAGAAGAGCCAAAGAAAAAAAAACACAGAAAAUCCUAGUAAGAACAUAAGACAAUCUUUGAGGUUUUACGUUUGGGUGUAAAUUAUUUUUAUUCAAUGCUUUUUUACACUCAAAUAUGAAUCUUCAACGAUUGUGUCAUAGUUGCACUGAUUAGAUAAUUUUUACCUAUUACAUGUAUAUCAUAAAGAAAAAAAACAGAAGACUGUUGAGUAUAUUAUAUUUUUACUCAAAAGUUUUAUGUAUGAGACAUUCAUACAGUAGCGCUGAACUACAUUUCAAACAUAACUAAUGUUAUCUAUAUUUACUAUUUUCGCUUGUAUGUAUAGGACAGAAUGACAGUCUUGCAAACAGAGAAAAUUUAAGUUAAAUGCAUCCUUUAGAAAUAACUUCAGUGCUACUGUAUCUAUGUAAUUUUUAUUUUAUAUGAAGUAGACUUUAAAUUGAACUUUAAUAACAAACAACCUAGUCUAAAUGAUCUUGGUACAUAAUAGUUACUUUCUAGUAUGUAAGGCUACACACAUUAAAAUUAUUGUUUGUAUGUUAACCAUUUUUUUGUAUAAUAAAUAUUUCGUAUAGAAGGUUUUAUAAAUUUUCAAACUAAAUAACUCGUAGCAUUUUUUUUAAAAGUUAUUUCAAUAAUGCCGUAGUAUGGACGAAUUUGUAUCUAAUAUACUUCCCUAAAGUAUUCUUGAGAAAAUCACCUUUUAUGAAAUUCAUUGUUAUCCUCCAAUUUUCUUGUAAAAUAAUUGAUUUUUGUGCAAGCCAUUUUUAUAUUAUUAUUUAUCACAAGAUCAUUUAAAAUUAAUCCAUGAAUGUGUAUAUUUAUUUUGUAUC